AUGAAAAUCACCGAUCCGCACCAGUCCUACACGCUGCUGUGGGAGGCCCUCAAAGCCAACGCGCAAGCCGUCAUGUACAACUUCUUCAACUGGCCUACGCUACGGCACAGUCGGCUCAUCGUCCUUGCGGUAGCCAACACCAUGGAUUUGCCCGAGCGGACGUUGAGCAACAAAAUCAGCAGUCGUCUGGGCCUCACGCAUCACCUUUCGGGCUACACACGAUCAACUCAUGAAAAUCAUCCAGUCACGUCUCGAGGGCGUGCCCGGCGAUGCGACCCGGACGACGGUUCAGUUCGCCAGCCGAGUCGCCGCCGUCGCGGCGACGCCCGAAGAGCCCUCGACAUCUGCCGCCGCGCCGUCGAGCUCGCCGAGGGCGACGCCCAACGCGACCCUCAGACACCGAGCAAAUCGGGAUCCCACAACCAAGCGCGGCGCGGGCGAGUCACCAUAGCCACCGUCAAAAGGCCAUCAACGGCAACCACCAAUCCCGUCCAACGACCUUGCCUCCCGCUCAUGUCAAAGCUCAUCAUGGCGGCGCUGCUGCUGCGGAACCGAAGGACCGGCCUCGUGGAGACGACGUUUGGGGAUACUCUGGAUGAGCUGCAACGAGCAACAGCCCAUUCCGCGCCGACGAACCCUGGUAUGGCCAUGAUCUCGGCGACGGCUCAAAGGACUCAGGGACGGGUCGUCGGAUCGCGGAGCUAUGUUCCACUGCAGCUCUAG